AUGACAAUGGAGAGAGAGAAGGAGAGGGAGCUGGAGAGUGCAAUGUACACAAAUUGCUUAUUGUUAGGUCUGGAUCCGGUUAUCAUCGGACCGAGAGGAUCCAAUGCCGUUCCUCGGGUCGGACUCUUCCGCCAUUCGAACCCGAAAUUGGGGGAACAGCUGCUCCACUUCAUCCUCUCCUCCCUCAGAGGCCCAAUUCAAUCUGCCAAAGAUUUUGAUAGGGUUUGGCCAAUUUUUGAUUCGGCACAAUCGCGUGAUUUUCGCAAGGUUGUGCAAGGGAUUAUUAACGAGCUCGAGUCCCAGGGUGCGCUUCCCAACAGCAAUUCAAGGGUUUCUUCGCUUGCCACGUGUUGUGGGCCUAGGUUUGUGGAACUGUUAUGGCAGCUUUCUAUGCAUGCUCUGCGAGAGGUUCAUAGACGGACGUUUACUGCUGACACAGCUUCUAACCCAUUGCCUACACCGUUGACUGAUGUAGCAUUCUCACAUGCUACUACUCUACUUCAAGUUACAAAGGGUAAAAUAGCCCUUGAAAGAAGGAAGUUUCUUAAAAAUGCCCAAAUGGCUGAACAACAGCAGGAUAUGUGGUUGAAAUUGGCUCGUGAAAUGACUGCUGAAUUUCGUGGCUUAUGUGCCGAGGAGGCUUAUUUGCAACAAGAGCUGGAAAAACUACAUGACUUGAGGAAUGAAGUGAAGUUGGAAGGAGAACUCUGGAAUGACCUUGUUACCAGCUCAAGUCCGAAUUCCCAUUUAGUUUCAAAAGCGACCUGCCUAUGGGAGUCUUUAUUAGCUCGUAAAAGUCAACAUGAAGUUCUUGCAUUGGGCCCAAUUGAGGACUUGAUAGCUCACCGGGAACAUAGGUAUCGAAUCUCUGGAUCAUCUUUGCUUGCAGCAAUGGACCAGAGUUCUCAGGCUCCAUAUUCAGAUGUAUUAUCUGUUCAACCUGGUAACUUUCCUGCCAUGCACAUGGAUAACAUAGAGGACAAUGAUGGAUCACAUCUUAUCAAUGAGACAUUUGCAAAAUUGGAUGAUAGAAACGGAAGAGUCUACCAAACUGUUGAUGUAGCAGAGGUUAUACGGCGAUGGACACAUGCUUUGCAACGUAUCCAUAAACAAUCACUUCAUUUGGCCAAAGCAAAUGACGGAGAGGGUCCAGAUAUACUGCAAAGUGCACAAGAAGGUGGUUCAAGUGGCCAUGCUGAGUCUUUAGCGGCAACCCUUGCAGAGCAUCAGCAACACUUGGCUAGCUUUCAGGUGCUUAUUAACCAACUCAAGGAAGUUGCUCCAACAAUACAAAAGUCCAUAUCAGAGUGUAAAGAAAAGGUGAACUGCAUAAGCUCCUAUCUACCUCCGAUUAACAGAAAUCACGGUGGGUCAACAAUGUCACCUAUUCAAGCACAACGUAGUGGGAGGAUGGUAAUCAUCGUCCCUGAUGAUGUUGGGGAGUUGACUUCAAGAAUAUCAAAUGUUCAUCUUGACAAGGUUUCUGUCAGUCCUCCUACUUUAAAGCUCCCUCAAUUAUUUAGCUUGACACCCUCUUCUGGAAAAACUGGUAAUUUGCAAAAGCGGAAUGGCACAGCUCCUCAAGCCAGCCCACUUGAGAAUCUUCGUGAUAGGAAAUCAUUGAAUCCUCCUUUAAGUAGUCAAGAAGAGACUUUAGUAGAAGGUAGCGAUAGUUCCUAUGUCCAGGGUUUGAAGAGGUCGGUAAGAGAAGCGGCACUGUCAUUGGGGUCAUGCAAUUCUGAAUCGUCACAAGACAGCCAUUCAGGUAGAAGUUCCGAAUGCUUCUUUGCCCCUCUUUCAGAAACUGGGUUUUCUCAUUUAGAUGCAGUAAAAAGAGCCGCUUCAUCUAGGAGUAAAAGGUUAUUUGUAUAUCAGAUGGAUGAUUCCUUGCUAGAGAGUCAUGCAUCUGAUGGACAUGGGGAAAGCAAGUUGGAUGAAUUUCCAGAUAUGUUGAAUAAUUUGGAAAGACUUUCUGAUUACGAUCAUGUAAAUGGGUUUUUCACAUUUUCUGGUUCAAAUGCAACUUCUGAUACACAAGGAUCGAUUUUUGACUUUGAGGAUGCUCAGGAUCAAGUCUUCUCACCACCUUUACUAAUGGACUCAUCACUUUUAGCAGAUUCAUUUGAAGACUUGCUGGCUCCUCUCUCAGAGACUGAAACGGCCUUGAUGGAGCACUGAAAUGUUUAAUGGUCAACCUCUGAUACAUAAUUGAGGAAAUGACAUGAUUGCUAUGGUGGGUUCUAUGCAUUCUUUGUUGGGUUAUUCACCCCCUUCAUGUCUUGCGACACGAUGCUUGUAUGAUUUCUGUUAUCCUUGUGUGGUAUAUUUUUAUCAUUCUGUUUGCUCUUUUGAUGCCCCAUUUUGCUCGGAGAGAACCAUGAAUCACCCAUGUUGAUUUAAUUUGAGAUGAAGAUGCUAAAAAUGAGAGGUACAAGCUGUUUUUUGGAGGGUGAAGUUGUCUUCAACCAAAUAAUUGCAGUGUGGACUUGAAUUUUCUUUCACGUUUUCAUUCCCUUUGAUGAGGAAACUGACACCCAAACGUGGCAUGGUGAAAAAUAAGGUGGGUUGAAAAAUGGAGUUCUAGGUUUUCUGCUGUGACUCUGCAUUCCGAUGGCUUCUGUUUUCAGUCAAAUGUGAUCAAUUCUUGGACAACAAUUUAUGUAUUGUAUAGUUGUGUAUGGCAUGAUUUAGGUAUUGUAUCCUAGCAAAUAUUAAUAUAUCAGGAAUGAAAA